AUGGCGCUCCAAGUGGAGGAAUUGGCCCUCUCACCCUUCACUGUAACACGCCGUAUAGGUCACCCCUAUCAGAACCGGACGCCCCCCAAGAAGAAGAAGCCACGCACAUCCUUCACGCGCCUGCAGAUCUGCGAGCUGGAGAAGCGCUUCCACCGCCAGAAGUACUUGGCCUCGGCCGAGCGCGCAGCCCUGGCCAAGGCGCUCAAAAUGACGGACGCGCAGGUCAAAACCUGGUUCCAGAACCGGCGGACGAAGUGGAGGCGACAGACCGCGGAGGAACGUGAGGCCGAGAGGCAGCAGGCAAACCGCAUCCUCCUGCAGCUGCAGCAGGAGGCCUUCCAGAAGAGCCUGGCACAGCCACUGCCUGCUGACCCCCUGUGCGUGCACAACUCCUCGCUCUUCGCCCUGCAGAACCUGCAGCCCUGGUCUGACGACUCCACUAAGAUCACCAGCGUCACGUCGGUGGCCUCCGCCUGCGAGUGA